GAGACACAGUUACCAAAGUUCCCUCUUCUAUCCAACACUAGCCAUGACCUGCAGACAGUAGUCAUGGCAACACUGCAUCAGUAUCUGCCCAUAGACUAGAAUAGCAGGUCACAGGUCAGAGGGGAGCACCAGGGGCCUGUGUGCAGCAGUCUGAGUGAUGGAGAGAGAGAGUCAGUUGCCACUGAGGAAUAAGGUGGAGGCGGUGACUUUGCCAGCGUUGUCCUGUGUAGCCCUCUGUGGUGGUACCCAUGGCAACGAGCUCUCGGGAAUCUACCUGGUGCAGGAGACGCUAAAGAACAAGAGGAAGGGUGAAGCAAUGGAGGCCGUAACCGUGGUAACAGUGAUAUCGAACCCUCGCGCUGUGCAGCAGCGUGUGCGCUACACAGAGACAGACCUGAACCGCUGUUUUACAUAUGCAAUGCUGAGUGCACCAGUCUCGGAAAGGACGCCGUAUGAGAUAAUACGCUCUCAGGAGCUCAACUCCCUGCUGGGUCCCAAAGGGAGUGGGCAAGCUGUAGAUCUGAUCUGUGAUCUACACAAUACCACUGCGAAUAUGGGCCUCUGUCUCAUCACAUAUGCAGACAGCGACUGGAUAUGCCUGCACAUCUGCAAACACCUGCAGCGGGAGAUGGCUACUAUCCCAGUGAGGUACAUCCACUACGACAUCCCACUGAGUGAGGCCUUCUCACUGGAGUCAGUGGGCAAGCAUGGCUUUGCGAUGGAGAUCGGUCCUCAGCCGCACGGAGUGAUCAGAUCCAACAUUUUCACUGCCAUGCAGGAAGCAGUUCACCUAAUGCUGGACUGGGUCCGCCUAUUCAACUCAGGCACCCAAUUUGACGAGGGUUCAGUGGAUGUUUAUACAAUGGUGAAGAAUAUCGAUUACCCUCGAGAUCCUUACACUCACAACAUCACGGCUGCUGUGCACCCUGAACUACAGGACCGGGACUUUUGUCUCCUCUACCCAGGGGACCCCAUCUUCCUUUCCUUUAGUGGAGAAAUCCUGAGGUACAAGGGGAAAGAGCCUCUCUAUCCUUUCUUCAUAAAUGAGUGUGCGUACUACGAGAAGGGUGUGGCACUCUUGCUGGCGAGGAAGAGUAAAGUGAAGAUUCCCGCCAUCCAGUGCAGCAGAGCAUGAAAGACGCAGGAAAGAAAAGGUUGAUAUUUCAAAGAAAAAAAUGAAUGAAUGAAUUAAACCAAACCAAAAUAAAUGGUGCUCCAUAAGUAUGAUGAACUGAUGUUUAAGAAUCUGUGUUGUUAUGAAAUCUUUCACAAUUACUGAAAUAAAUGCAAAACUAGGGUGUGUUAAGGGCACCGAUUAACAAGUCAUUUUACAGAAGAUAAAUGUUUUACUUUUUUCUCAUUGACUACAUGAUAGAAAUGCAGAUUCAAGCAAUAGCAGGUAUAUAACGGAUUCAGUACAGGCUCCAAAACCCAAAAACAAAAAAAGCAUACAAAAGGGAAGGACAUCGCUUUGCAUAUCAACGCAAUACAUUCACAAAGCUGGAGAACCACAUUCACUACGCAGAGUUUUCUGGUCCUUCUUCUCUGACCUCUGCCAACACCAUUCUCACCGACUUUCAAAUUAAUGCACCACCUUGAAGACUUACUAAUUAAAUUGAUUACUAAUUAUUAUUGUUUAGUGUUACAAAUCAAACAACAAAAUGCAGACAACAACUGCAAACAAAUAAUGACUUCAAUAUGUAAUGUAGCCUUAUUAAAACAAUUACCAUGCCUAAUUCUACUACAAAAUACACGGACAAUAAACAAAUACACAAUAAAAAUAUUUUGUAUCAAAUAAAAUAUCUUGUAGUGGUGGCGGUAGCUCAAUGGUUAAGAUACUCAAGUAGUAAUUAGAAGCUUGCCAACACCAUCCUCACUGAUUGUCAAAUGAAUACAACACCUUGAAGUCUUACUAAUUACAUUGAUUACUGACUAAUUAUUGAUUACACACUAAUUAUUGUUUAGUGUUACAAAUCAAAUGUUCGAAAUGUCCACAUUAUGUAACCAACAAAAUGGAAACGUCUAAAAAAUUAACUAAAUCAAUAAAUAAAGGCAAUAUUAAAAGCUGGCAUUUUUAAAAACAAACAAAUAAUGACUUCAAUGUGUCAUGUAGCCUUACUAAAACAAUUACCAUGCCUAACUCUACUAAUUCUACCACGGUGGCAGUGAACAAAUACACGAUAAAAAUAUUUACUAUGAAAUAAAAGAUCUGGUAUGGGCAGUGGUGGCUCAGCGGUUAAUGUACUCAACUAGUAAUCAGAAGUUCAAGCCCCACCACUGCCAAGUUGCCA